UGAAGGACCCGGCCCAGGCCGCGCUGGUGCCAGUGCUCCCGUCCGGGCACCACCCUCCGGCCGCUUCCCCCGCCGGGCCGCCCCACGCCCUGCCCCUCCGCGGCUGCCGCGGCCCGGCUCAGGCUGGGCGCAGCGAGGCGGCGGAACCCCGCGCCGCGGCCCGUGUUGCCCGGCGGGCCGGAAGUGCUGCACCGAGCCGCCGCCGGGGCCGGCGGGGCGCCCAGAUCUCCCUUCCCCGAGCCGAGAUGGCCGCUGCCGGGGCGCUCCUGGCCUGGUGCAUCCAGCAGCUGCGCGGCGACUUCGGGCUGGAUGUCAGCGAGGAGAUCGUGGGUUGGAAGAAAAUCAGGACUCCUGCACCUGAAGGACUGGCAGGCUCUCAGUCUACCUCUUUGGGACCCUCAGGAAAUUCUCCAGUACAUCUUGUCAAUUGAAAAUGAGGAGGAGAUCCGAGAGUAUGUAAUUGACCUCAUCCAGGGAACAGAUGGGAAGAAAAGUCGAUUUAUAGAAGAGCUGGUAACCCGAUGGAAAAAGUCCUCUCAGACGGCUUCCGACCCUUUGCCAAUAUGUAGAAAAAGAGAUGAGGUUUCAGAUGUGCAUCGGGCUGGAGACCAAGGCAAGAGGGGGAGGCGCAAAGGAAGGAACAAGCAAGAAACAUCUCUGUAUGCUGAGCCCAAUCUGCCUGCAGAGGAAGUAAAAACACCCCUUGAUCUGGCCAAGGCACAAGAGAUGGGCAGUGGUGGCAGCGUCAGCAGUACCUCCAAGAAAAAGGCCAAGUUCGUCAAUCUGUACACCAAGGAGGGUCAGGACAAACUGGCAGUCCUGAUCCCUGGACGCCACUCCUGUGAGUGCCUGGGUCAGAAGCACAAACUCAUCAAUAACUGUUUGACCUGUGGCCGUAUUGUCUGCGAACAGGAGGGCUCUGGCCCCUGCUUAUUUUGUAGUACACUGGUGUGCACGAAUGAAGAGCAGGACAUUCUGCAGCGUGACUCAAACAAGAGCCAGAAGCUGCUGAAGAAACUCAUGGCAGGUACUGACAGUUCUGGGCAGAUGGAGAUCCUCAGCAAGGACCUGCUGCCUCGUCAGGAAGCUCGGCUUAAGACAGGUCUGGAGAUGGCCGUGAAACACAAAGACAAGUUGCUGGAAUUUGACAGAAUGAGCGUGCGCCGUACUCAAGUCAUCGAUGACGAGUCGGAUUACUUUGCUACAGACUCCAACCAGUGGCUGUCCAAACAAGAGCGUGAGGCACUGCAGAAGAGAGAGGAGGAGCUGCGAGAGCUGCGCCACGCUUCUCGACUUGCCAGAAAAAUCACCAUCGACUUUGCUGGCAGGCAGAUCCUGGAGGAGCAGGACAGCAUGGCUGAAUAUCACAGCAAGUUGGAUGAGACAAUUGAUGCCAUUAACUGUGGCACACUGAGCAAGCCAUUGAGGAGAUCCCAGGGGAAGUCUGAAGUGAGCUCUGGGCUUCUGGUGAAUCCCCACCUUCUCCAGCCUGCCCCCUUGUGGGUAGACCAGACUGGCUUGCUCCUGCACAGAAAAACUGCCCAUUCUGCAGAAACUGGGCAUGAGUCUGCCUCUGAAAGGAACAGGUUACGGAUUCAGGAUCGAGAAUUACAGGAGAUCUCGGAUGAUGGCUGGUGUCUCAGCAUGCACCAGCCUUGGGCUUCUUUGCUGGUAAAAGGAAUCAAAAGGGUGGAGGGCAGGACCUGGUACACAUCCCACAGAGGGCGGCUGUGGAUAGCAGCUACUGCUAAAAGACCAUCCCCUCAAGAAAUCUCUGAGCUAGAGGCCACCUACAGAAUGCUGCUCCGGGAAGAUGUGGAAUUUCCCAGAGAUUAUCCUUCUGGGUGCCUCCUGGGUUGUGUGGACUUGGCUGAUUGUCUGUCACAAGAACAAUUCAAGGAGCAGUAUCCAGAGUUGAGCCAGGAGUCUGCGUCUCCGUUCGUCUAUGUCUGCACUAAUCCCCAGGAGAUGAUCGUGAAGUUUCCCAUCAAAGGAAAACCCAAAAUCUGGAAACUGGAUUCAAAGAUUCAUCAGGGAGCAAAGAAGGGGUUAAUGAAGCAGAAGGAGAUUGUUUGAACUCCCCACCCACCAGGAGCCCAGCCCAGCUGCUCUUCCCCGGCCUGGGAGCAGAGAGGAGGUGGAAGGUUCUGAAAGGCAGGUGCUUCCAGGGGGACGGAGAGGAAAGCGUUGUUAAAAUAUCUGACUGUUGUAUUCCAAGGCCAUUAAAUGAGGAGAGCCUUGUGCCUCGCUCUCUACGUGCACAGAACGCAGUCAGUCUGGCAGCUUGGAGUUUCCGGGUGGAAUCCUGGGUCUUAAAAGACCUCUGGGGCUUUGGCUGCAGAGGCUGGUCUGAUGGCAAGCUCAAUGGAGUGCUGGCAUCUGGCUCUGUCUGCUGGGGCACGGCACUCAAAGCACGCCCCGGACUGGGUCAGAGGAUUCGGAAACAGGCCAACAUCAGCCAGCAGCUCCGAGCUGGCUCAGCCCUGUUGGUGUCAGUCUCCUCUCCCUGGGCAGCUAGGGGACGAGAGACUGUGACUCCAGGUCCAUUGGCCAGAGCGGGUCAGGCACAUCACAGCACCAGGCUCUCAGGAGUUGUGCUGCAGCUGCUCACAGAGAGGCUUUGCCCAACGCCGCCUUGGCAUGCAGUGCGCUCUGUUAUAGCAGGAGACGUACUGGUCAAAAAGGAGCAAAGUAGGAUGGGGCUGAAUGUCAUAAAGCCGGGCCGGGCCCCUUCCCCGAGCCCCAUCCCUGCCUCUGCUGAGCACAGACCAGAGGAGGAGCUGUGGGAGGGGAAAGGUGAACUCGAUGCUCUGCCCCCUCUUGCUCAGAGCUUUAUUUGCGAGGCUGCUCCCCUGAGCGAUUAGUAGCAGCUUUUGGCGUCUUCAGCAGCUGGCCAGCCUUCAGUCUCUGCUCUGCUUUUAUUCCAACCAGCUGCCUGCCCGUGAGAGCUGGCUCGCCUCCAGUAGCUGCGUGCAUGACUUGGAAAAAAACCGCCCCCUGUGUUAGGAGUAAGAUUGAUUCUCCCUGUCUUUAAUCCUUCAUAUUCAGCAUCUCUGUGCAGUGACAUGCCUGUGUGCGUUGGUGCUCACUGGGCUGUGUGCCUGCCGUGCUGCGUUGCUCCAGGCGCCUUUUCAACACGGCCUAAGCGUUACUGAUUCCCAGCCGAACCUCCCCCCCCCCGCACAUUCCAACGACGACAGCGCUAACCCGGAGCGAUGUCACUUCGCACCGCCACGCUGGGCAGAGCGGCAAUUCCCCCGAGAGGAGCGCCAGAGUCCCAAGGUUUAGAUGCACUCAGUUCAUUAUGCGGAUAAUGGUUAAGUUGCCCUGAUCCUGCUGCUCUGUUUGUCUGUUACAACAACACACCGGGAGCUAGGAGGGCUUGGAACAUUCUCAGCAGAAGGCCCAGCGCAUCACUUCAGUAUUCGGGAGGUGAGCAGCCGGAGCCAUAGGCAGUCUCAGCUAGAAGGGAAUUAGCUCAGGCGACAUGCAAAUGCCAUCCUCAGCCUCGGCGCCAUCUCCUGGCUCAUCCUUUGCUGGGUUUGUGUUGUGCGUGUCACUCUGUGUCUGAGCUUCUGUCUCUGGUUGUUAUGGAGUCAAGUAAAUGUAGAUCUCAGCCAAGGUGUCCAAGCUCUGCUCUGCCUGGAGCUGGCUCUGAGGUUACUGCAGGGAAGCUGCUAUUCCCUAGGACGGGGAGAAACAGGGGGGUUUCUCCCUUCCUUCCUCAGCUGGUCCUGCCCAGCCUGUAAAAUUCCCUCUUCCCAUCCUGGCCUUGCUCACCCAUUGGUAAAAUCCCUCCAGCUGGACGUUGGCCCCAGGCCCUUCCUCCCGACCUGGCAGCCCUGCACCCUCAUGCUAACUGCUUUCUUGGUAACUGUUUCUCCUCCAGAGGCAGCUAUGGCCUCCACUCCAGUCAGGGCCCCGGUUUGCUGGAUGCUGCCCAAACCUCACCUGCUGCCUGCUCCAAAGUAUCUGUGCUCUAAGAUUAAGCCAAGCAUCUCCAGGGACUGCAGAGAUCUGAGCUAGAGGUGGAGGGGUGGAUCAGAGGGGUUGAGAGGCAGUUGCUCCGUAGUGAUUGGGGAUAGACAGCUGAUGGGCCUGUGAAAGGAGGAGAGACUCACCUGUACUGGCUGAGAUAUAGACUGCUCUGGUGGUAGAUGCAGGAGAUCUGGGGCCCUGCAGCCCCCUGCACUGACUCUCUGGGUGUAUGUGGUUAAUACAGCUCUCACCAGGUGGUGUGGUGCUUCCAGAACAGGCCUAGACCAGCCCCCAGUGGACUACGUGCUGAGCAGCUCAAGCGUUGGUGAACUCUGGGAGGCUAUUUGGGGAUGCAGCAUGACUCCAUGGGGAGCAGCCGAGCAGGCCCAGCUGCUGCUCUGGCCUAUGCUGCUGCCUGCUGUGCUUGCCAUUUAUGAGUCCGUGAGUCUAGCGGUAAAGGUGGCAAAUCGCCUCCCUGCUGGCUGUGCUGGGCUCUGGCCCCUGUCCCUGGCUCUAGCUUGGGCAGGUCAUGUGGUCUCUGGGUGCCUCUGCUUUCCUGUUUGUAAAGUGGGGCUAGUGCCCCACUCAGGGGUGUGGGAAGGCUCAAUGGGCCAGCGAGGGAUCUCACAAACCAAGGGGAGCCAGCCUGCCCUCCAGCCUGCGGCCUCAGCUGCACUGGAGUAGUGAUGGGCAUGGGCCGCGGUUCUGGGGUGAAGUGUGGACAGGCCGGUUUGCACCCCGUGAAGCCCUGGGCUCCCCAAGGCACUGACAGGGGCCAGCUUGUGUCCAGGGUGGACAUGGGGCCCCUGCCUUGGGCCUCAGUCUGUGCUGGCCUCUUGACCAUCCCCUGGGCGUGUCCAUCCCAUAGCAAAGAUCUGACCUGCCCCUGCCCUGCUAUUGCCCUACAGGACUGUGCAAACUCCUCCAGGAGACAGUGCUCUGCCCUGAUUCCCCCACCCCCGACUGGGGCGGGCACCUGGUCCCAUCUGUACUUCACCAGCCUCACACACAACCCCCACCAGCGCCGCAGCUGACUGAGUGUUACCUGGCAGCCAGCGAGUUCCCCCACAGCACAGCCUGCCUGCCCAUCCCCAGCUCCUUGGUGAGGGCAGAAAGGGAGCCAAGGCUGGCAUGAGGUUUGGGGGCUCUGCCUUGGGGUGCGGGUGCUGCUCAUGGUUUUUCCAUGCAAGCAGCCUAUGCUCUUGCUCCCAUCUGGUACCCCCAGGUCCGUGGUGCAGCCCAGCUCCUGAGUGGUGGCUGAAUUUCGAUGCUGAGGGAAGUGAGCCUUGUCUAGGCAUGUAAUGUACGUGCCAAGCCACGCCAUCCAGCCCCAGUGCAGGAAGUUAGAGCAGAACUGGGCGCUAUGACUGCAAAGGCUGAAAGGUAGUCGGGGAAUGGAGCUAAGAUUCCCAGCCCUUCCCCUCCUCAGGCUCCUCUCAGGGUGUGUGGUGGACGCUGGCCCCCCUUCUCCCCAUACGUACAGAGCCGUGUGCCACCUGCAGCCUGUUCUCACACAGCUCCCCUGGGUCUGUGGGAGAUCCAGGUGAGAAUCACCUCUUGGGGCCAGCUUCUGCUCUGUCCCCCUGAGUGCCCCCAGCCUGGAGCCAGCAGAGGCACUGGAACAAAUCCGAGCAGGACAUGGAGCGUUCCUUGGAUCUCUUCCUGGAUUUGCUCGCCUUAGUCACAGCCCUCCACUGCCCCAGGGAGCUGGGCUAGCUAGGAGAUCAGGAUCUUUUCUUCUCCAGGACUGAAUUUUCCUUAUCUCCCUCCUGCACCCACUCACUUGGCUGCUAUCUCCCCCCACCCCCAUCCCUUCUCUAGUCUCAGCCAUGCAAGAGCCUUCUCCUCUGCUGCUCUCCGGGGCAGUCUCCUUGAGUGUGCAGCCUUAGCAGCUCUCCCCCUUGUUUCAAAUCUGCCCUGCAAGGCACCCCUCAUGCCCUCUCAAAGUCCCUCCCACAAGUUAAUUUAUUCAUGAUGUCCCUCAUUUCCCCAUGUUUUACAACGCACAUGAUCUUGUCUGAAGCCAGCUUGGCUCCAGUUUGUAUGAAAGACCCUGUAGCGAAUAAAGUGCCUUUGCCUUCUUUA